AUGGCUAGUGGCCGUGCGCGAUUGCCACCGACUCCUGGCACGGUGGCAACUGCUGCUGCUGUGGGCAAUCCAAGUUCCCGUUCCCUGGUCGAGCUGCACACCAACAACAACAUGUACCAUGUACCAUCCUCAACUGCAAUCGUUCACGGCGAGCUGCCAGGAUCCUCGGACUACCCGCACCUCCAUCACCCGGGCCACCAGAGCCAGGGCCUGGCAGCGACAACGAUGGGAACACAGCAACAACAGCAUCCUCACAUUCACCAGCUCCAGCAUCACCUCCAGCAACAGGAAGUCAUGACCAGUGCUGGCGCUACUACCUCACAACUGCUUUCGGACUCGAUACUGGGCCACGGCGUGACGCAACCACUUCGCAAGCAACUGGAUGCCGGUGCGAGACCCAUCCCCGAAAGACCGAGUCACCUGACCGAUGAGGACUGGAUGAGCAAUUACACGGAGGGCAGUCUGCAGCGGCGUAGUUCGGUUUCGAAGGACUACCUACCGGCGGCGGAGUGGCUGAGGAAAAGCAUACGCCGCUCCUGGACCAUAUCCAAUGCAGAAGAUGAUAACGGUCCGGACGGGCAUCCAUAUCCGAAUCCGAGUUUGCCGCGCAAACAGUCGCAAAGUAGUUACCCGUCGCUGGUGAAGCAUCCCUACUUUAACCCGCUCUCGAUGGCGGACGAAGACGAUUACGAUGAAGAGUAUGGUGCCGAGGGUGAGCAGGAUGAGAGCGAACGGGGCAACGUGCGGGGAGGCGGCCCACGGAAGAUGAUGACCGCGGUGGCCGCGUUACGGCGCGCCAUGCCACCAAGACAAUCGACCCUGCCCAAUCCGGAGGCUGCCGCCGCCGGCAUAUUCUACGGAAGCAAUAACAAUCUGAUGCCCCCGUCGGUAUCACCGAAGCAGCAGCUUAGUCCGAGUCCACAGUACACGAGUCCGUACCAGACGGACAAUGAGACGGACGAGGGUGGUGGUGGUGGCUCGGAUCAUCGGUCACCGCUCGGGGUGCGCUACAAAAUACGCAGACAAUCAACCCUUCCCUGCAAACCGAUUGAGGCGAUGGUGGAAGGAAUGGCCGGCGGCGGCUGCGGCAGCGGCAGCGGUCAGGUGCAUGGUAGCGGGCCGAUGAUCAUGAUGUCCUCCUCGCCCAACAGCCGCACGAACCUGUACUCCAAGUCACCCGAACGGGACGGUAUGCUGCCGGCGGAAGGUGGCAGCAAAUCGCCGCGCUACCCGCCAUUCGUUCGCCAGUCAACGUUUCCCUCGAACUCGAACGAUCCCUUCUUGCUGCAGAUCCAAUCCCACUCUUCGCCUUCCUCUUCGUCCCUUGCCGCACAACCAUCGCAGCAGGCCGGGGGCUCGUCGACGGUGCUCAACGCACCGCCACCGGCCCAGCCACGUCAGCUGCCCACUUCUCCCAAUCGGCUGGUGUUUAACAAGUCCCCGGACAGUGGGACCGAGUCGGGACCGGGAGCCAGCGAAAGCAGUGGCACCAGCCCGCACCAGGGACCGCAGCAGCGCACGGCCCGCUACCAGAUGGCGCGCCAAGCGACAUUGCCCAACCCCGAGCAGCACAUGAAGCUGCUUCCCACAUCCCCUCCCAAAAAGCAACUUUCACCGCACAGCAUCAAACGCUCUCCUGACUUUGCACGCCAAAACACGCUCCCAGCCUCCCAGCAGCAGCAGCCAUCGGCAGCGGCACCGCAGCAAAGCGCACCGCCGACCGCCGCGGGGAUGUCACCGGGUGGCGGCGGAACACCGGAGCAGAUGCUUGGGGCAACGGCAAUGAGCUCCUCGCUGGCGGUGCCGAGUGCCGGGACAAAGUUUAUGCCCCUGUCGCCGCGCCAGAAAGCGUCCUUUCUCUUUCCCCAAUCUGCGGCACCUACACCACGUCCCUUUCACUCACAGCAGCACUUCCCGACAGCACUCCUGAGUGCGACCGGCAACGGUGCAGCGGCCGUUGCGGACGGUACCGGCACCGAUCUGCACGGCGGCGGUGGUGGAGUUGUGCCUUUCCACGGUAGUGGUGCCGUGAACCAUGCGUCCUCGUCCUCCCUGUCGUCGGCGGUGGCCAAGAUGAUGAAGGUGCGCAGCCACAGCAACGAAGAGUACACGCUGACGGCGGUGGCCGGCGGGGCAAGCCGGAUCCCUGUGGCCGGAUCGCUGGUGCCGCCGGUGAGCGAGGGCCGCCGGCUGCUACCGGAGAUACCGACCGGUGGUGGGCGCUCGCCGAGACUGGUACGUCAAGAGCACGUGAGAGACGAUCUCACCGGCACCGGCACUAGUCAGGGCAAGCACUCAUCAUCAUCUCCCAAACAGAAAACCUUCGCCGAGGCGAAGCAAACGAUGGCGGACGAAAUGAAGGCGGCGGCGGCAGGAUCAGGUGGCGUCGGGUAUGGUGCCGCGGUCGAUUACGGCGGCCUGUCAGGGUACGGAAAUUUUUAUGAGGAUCAAGAACUGUCCCUCGGGUACGAAGGCGAGGUGGAACACGGAGGCGGCGAAGCGCACGGGGGCGAUCCCCCGUUUCAUCUCCUGCCGAUCGGUGGUGGAAUGCAGCAGCAGCGACGGGUGAAGCAAACCGGUGACGCCUCGCUACCGUUCAUGGCUUCCCAGCCUAACGAUUCCAGCAGUCCCGAGUCACUGGCCGGUUACGGUGGGUUCACAAACCGGAAAGAUCGUUUGCGAUCGCGUCGAAAAUCUCGCGACCUUUACGAUCAAUCGGACGAGCAGCAACAGCAGCCGGGUCCGUCCCCGCAGCAGCAGCAACAGCAACCGCAGAACGCGGUCCAGUCGGCCACGGCCGUUGAGCACGUGGAACCGGUUAAACGAAAGCCGGAAACGAUGCGUUCGAUCUCCGAGGAGGCACCGGCCGCCAAGCCACCGAAAGCCAUCACGCGCCGAUCGUUAUCCCACCCGGAGAAGGACACCCAGGCAUAUAACGCGAAAAAACUGGACACGGGCAAGAUUCCUUCCCCGAAACCGCUCACGGAACUGCACGAUCGGCUGCACAAACCGUCCGCGGUCGGACCGGCGACGUCACCGCGGAGGAAGAAUGUGAAAUCUUUCGACUGUGGCACCGUUACCGGUGGCAAGUCCGCUUACGCAAACUAUCCACCCGAUGCACCGGCCCCCGGUGGUUUUACUGCCGGUUCCGAAGCUGCGUCUAGUACGACCAACGCCCGUGCUAACGACGGAUACGGCGGUUCGGUCACAACCCUCUCAGGGGCAGGAGCCACUGCCGGCGCGGUAGCAGGUGGUGGGCAAGCGGCCAGUACGCACCUUGGGUUUGCGUCGUUCGGCCAGCGAAAAAUAUCGGCCUUCCAGCAGAUACUGCAACGGCAGCGGCUACAGAAGCGCGACUCGAAGAGUCUCGACAUUGUCGCGUCGAAGCUGAUGGAGGAAAAGUAUGGUGGCGGCGGCCACCAGGAUGUGGACGUGUCCAAGUCGCUCGAUGAUGGCAUCUUUUCCGAAAGCACCGGCCACCAGUCCGAUGACAACAGCAGUGACGAACACCUGAAUCUCCGCUACAAGGCAACGGUAAGUGACAACAAAACGAGCACCCUGGGAGAGGCCGAGAUCCAGAAUGCUGUCGAGGCAGCGGCGGUGAUUUUCAAAAAAGUCGUGCUGCAACGCCGAGAGGAGAAUAAAUGCAGGAGUACCAAUCGUGAGCGUAGCCACGGCAGCGUUCAAAGUCGGCACGCCGCCGUCGCGGUCGGUUUCAUUGACGACAACGCCACGCUCGGCGGUUACUCGUCGUCGGAGACGGAAAUGGGACGGACGCAGGCCACUCUGCGCGUGAAUGCAGCCGUGGCCGGGCCUCCCGACUACGAGGAGUACCGGCUGGUGUUUGUCAGUUCCGAUUCGUCCAGCAAAGAGGAAGAGUACGACAGUAGCUCCACCUCCUCGUCGCACCAUCGGACUGCUGCGAAGCGGCCGCCAUCGAACCAUCGCAGCUCGCUGGAGGAGUGCGAUUGGGACUACUUCGAACCGGACAUGGCGAUGGCCGACGACAACACCGGUGUUCGGAGUGCAUUUUUCUACGAAAUGCUCGCGAUGGCUGCCGCUGCCGCCAACAUUACAUCGCCACCUCCGAGCACGUCGCCUUCGUCAUCGUCGGUAGGUCACUGCGAUUGCUGCAAUCGACGGCAGGUUCCCACGGCGACAUCAACACAGUAUGUACCGAUUCCGGUUCCCGUUCCGGUGCCCGUACCGAUAGCCGCGUUUCAAAGCUGGCUGUACGAGCAGCAGCAGCAACUGUUGCUGAUGCACGGAGGCGCCAACAAGGCGACCAAAAUGGACGAACAGGAGGCGGCACUUCGGACGGAUCUGGUGCAACAGCUGUGGCAAAAGUUUGCCGCGGGUAGCGGCGGCGAUCGUCAGCGGCGCUCGUUCGAAACGGAACCACCGAAAGUGCCACCGCCGGCCCCGCGCGCCCCGAAGCCGUGUGCCUGUCGGAAACGGGCACCGGACAUUACCUCCGAAAGUGCGGCCAGCAGCGACAACGAGCGCAACGGUUCUUUGCGUGCUGGUGAAAGUAUGUGUAAAAGUGUGGCCAACCACCGACAGCAGCAGGAGCCCGUGAGUGCAGUGGAUGCUGCGGCGACGGAUCAUGUGCAAUUGCACAAAACAUCGCCUGCUUCGCUGCUGUGUGGUGCGAACAGUGCUGUCGGUGGUGGUGUAAGUGAUGAAAGUCGUUUACCGCCGUCCCCAUCAGCGCCUCAGCCCCCCCAGCCCCCAGCGGCGAUGGCUCCCUCUGCUGGUGUUGGUGAUGCCGCACUACUACACGAGCACCGCCGUGCCUCCGUUCCGGUUCCGAACUUGGGCAACGAAACCAGCUCAACAACAACAACAACAGCAGCAGCAACAGCGGAGGCGGCGACCAUUCGGGCGAACGAUAUUAUCGGCGAUGGUACUGCUGCAGCAGGGGGUACUGCUGCAAGCGGCACCGAAGGAACCGCGAUCCACAGUAAUGUACGCGCCGCUGCCGACGAGGCAGUCGAUACGGCGAUGCCGGUGGAUCGGUUGAAAGAAACGGACCAUAUCGACGGAACUGAACUACGGACCCCACGAAUCGCGGCUGACCGUGAUAACGACCGUCCGAGCCGUGGCCGUAGUGUUACAGGUGUUACGACGCCGACCAGUGAUGGUGGCGAGGUGGCGACGAGUGACGAUAAAGUGGUGCGCUCGAUGGAGGAGCACCGGAGCCAAAAUCCGUGCCCGCCGUGUGAAGAUAGUGAAGAUAAUGUGAAACUGGUGCGCCUCACGGUGGUGGUUGAUAAAAACGGCGACAGCUCGGCACCCGCCACCCCGCCGUUGCACGACGAGCCCUUCGAUGGCGAGGUGUUUAAAAAUAGUGUCCGAACCACCGACGACGAGCCGAGCACCACGGCCAAAGAUGGUGAUACAUUAUCGGGAUAUUUGCAGUACGAGCUACGGAGCUACCAUCUGGCCCAAUCUAGCGGUAGCGGUAGCGGCAGCGGGGACGAUUACUCGACAUCGUCGAGUGCAACGAGUGAAGCGGAAAGUAGUGGUGCAAGUGGCUCACAAAACGAUGACGACGCUGAUGCUGAUGGUGGCGGCUCGGGACGAAAGAAACACUGCCGCAAGGUGAUGCGGGGCAAAUACUCUUUUCGGCCGGAACAGCACAGUAGUAGCCCGGCGGCCGCCCCAUCGCUGGCUAACUCUCCGGCUGUAUCGGCCUCCUCAUCCACCUCCUCUUUACAACAGCCGCCGAUCAAGCGGUUCGAUAGUGAUCGGACGGACGGAUCGGAUGGCGAUACAACUGACGACGACGAUCGGGCCGACGAUGAUGAAAGCAACAUCCAUAAACGGGCGCAUAAAAAGUUUAGUGCCAUAAUGGUUGUUAAUCCGCGGUGUGCCGCGAACGAAGAAGAGGAACACGAAAGCCACCGUGUCACCGGCGGCGGCCAAUCGAUUAAAGACGAAGCAUCGUUAUGGUACGGCUGUGGCGAGGUUGCGGAUAAUGCGAGCGACGACUGUGGGGCGGAAAGUGAGACGUCGACCGAUGGUGGCGGCGGCGGUGGGGGGAUGAUGGUGGUUCUGAAGCGAGUGACACAAAUUAACGUGGGCGAACAACAUGAGUGGGACCGCCGGCAGCAACAGUCUGGGCCACCCCACCCGGGUUUGGUGACCGAAAGUGUCGCGAAAUCGAUCGAAGCAACCAGCACCAGCGUCCAGCAGCGCACGGUGACGGACGAGGAGGAGCAGCAGGCGGUGCAUGAAUACGGAAGCCGCAUAACGAGCACGCAACGUGACAGCAGCAUAGCAGCAGUUCCAGACGAACAAACCGACAGCAGCAGCUUUCGGGUGUUAUCGGAAGUAGGUGAAACAGAUUACAUGCUAGCGCAGACGGUCCAGAUGGAAGGGCACGAAAAAGAAGAAACGGCCGCUCGGAGGGGAAGUUCGCCCGUGUCCGAAGUGCUCAGGUAUGCGCCGCCGCCGCUGGAAGAAAAAGCCUGCUGCGACGGCGGCGGCAACUACCACCACAACCUGACAACGGCGGUUGCAGUGCCAAGCGCCACGGCGGCCGAGGGUAUCUGCAGCAGCAGCAGCAGCAACAAGUACAAGAGUUUUGUUAUGAUCACAUCGUCAACGGCCAAUGAUCACGGUGGCAACAAUAGUGGUGACAGUGAGGAAAACUAUGCUCCAGUGCCCCCCUCGGUGAAGAUCGAAAGCCCACCCUCCGACGAGGACGUGAGAAACGUAAACGUUGCAAGUGCUUCCCCCACGGAACGGCUCGCUGCGGAAGGUGCUUCGGACAGCGCCAGCGAAUCGGUCACGGAGCGACUGCGGCCAACCGAAGUGCGGGAGUUGCUGGGAAGUGAUGAAGAUCGAAAGAGUUCAACGGAGGAACAUGAGCAAAACCUCCGCGUCGUAGCGCAGGAGGAAAGUGUGGGGCGGCCCGUAACACUGCAAACGAUCAUGGGUGACGAUCGGUGUUGGUCCGUCAGCCGUCAGCGCGAUGAUGAUGAUCGUGAGAAAUCGGUCGGCGACGUCACGGUCGUGACGGGUGCGAACACCCUGUCGGCGGUGGUCUGCUUGGAGGACGGGCUGGCCGAUGAUGAUUCGUGGGUCGAAGAGAUCAGCCAGGAUGAGGAAGAGUUUGCGACCACGACGACGGCCACCGAUUCCGAUCUGGAUGAUUCGAGUGAAGAGAUGUCGUUCGGCGGCAGCGGCGGCUGUAACGAUCGUGAGGAGGAACUGCGGGGCUACAAUCGGACGGCGAUCGACUUUACGCUGCACACGAUCGUGGAGGAAAGCUGCGAGGAGAGUGAAAUUGAAUCGCGCGGAUCAAGUGCCGUUCGGCGGAGGGUUCGACGGGGAGAAUACGGCCGAGGAGAACACGGUGGCGGGAGUGGCAGUGCGCCCGAAGAUGAUGUCCCCGAACCGGCCCACCGUCUGUCGGCGUCGGAGUUGGAGAAAUACUUUUUCUAUGGCCUCGGUGGCGGCGGCAGCGGCGGGGGCACUGUGGGUCAUUUGCACUCCUCCGGCGGUAUGGGCGGCCUCGGCGGUGCACGGUACGGCGGAGAUGAUCAUAGUGAGCUGUCGGAGGAAAGCAGCUCGCUUUGUAGCGACGGUCACGAUUCCCUUGGCAGCGGGACUGCCUCCGGUAGUGCCGUUUCCGGUGCCCGAUUGUCCGGUGCCGACGGCGGUGGCGGCGGCAUGGGCGAUGACAAUUCGCCCGAUUCGGUGGGCGAUUUGGCAUCGUCCCGUUUGGAGAAAUACUUCCUGACCGGAUUUCUUGGUUAUAGCACCACCGACCGGGGUGCCGGUGGCUCUGGUGGCGGCGUCGGCGGUGGCAAUGGGUCCGACGGCAGCGGGGGAAGCGUCGGUAGUGACAGCGAAGGGCACGCUAGCCCGGAGCAGCGCCGCAAGCGGUUGGUGCGGGCCCGGGGUGCAACCCGAUCGCACAACUCACUCGACAAUCUGCUGCUGGUGGGCAAGGAUACGUCCGACUACCACCACCACCCGGAUGCAGGGUCUGGUGGCGGUCCAAGCGGUGCCGACCUGGUGCCUGGUGCGGCAACCGGAGGCUCGGGUGGCGAUAUGGACGAUUCCUCCGAGACGGAUACGUGUGACGAAACGUCACUGGCGUACCAGGAGCGCACCGAACUGUCUUCGUACGAUUCGCUCGGCAAACGGAAGAAAAAGUAUACGAUGGCGAAGAAGUCGGAGGCGCGGGGUAUCGCCACCGACCACCAGAGCUCCUCGGUGGUGGCGGCCGAUGGCACCAGUUCCGUUGCGGGCGGUUCCGAAACGGAAGAAACCCGACACGCCACUCGGCAGAAGCUUUCGCCGAUCGAGAUGGUGACCAGAGGAGGAUCGGGCGGUACGGAUGGCGCAACGACAAACCUUCUGUUGCAUCCUCCGCCGCCGCCUCCACCGUCGACGAACGAAUGUUCGCGAAAGCAAAACAGUCGCGACAGCGGUUUCAUCGGCAGCAACGAUGACCUGCUGAAGGAGGAGCAUCACCAGCACGGCGCAACGGCAACGGGGGCACCUUCGUCAACGAAGGUACCGCCGGGUGCAGCGGCGAUGUUGUCGGAUGCCGGUCGGUUCGAGUUGGAGGGCAUCGUGGAGGAAAGUAAGACCGAUGUCAAAGAGCCGGAGCCCUCGGCGAGCGUCGCACCAGCAGACGUACUAGAGCCAACCCGAGCACCGAUGGCCCCCGGAAGUGAAGUGGCCGGUGGUCAGAGUGCGGGCCUCCCCAAAAAGGGAUCGGCUGGUGGUGGCAGCGGCGGCCCGAUGGUGAACUUGGUGCGGAAGGAUAGCUUCAACAACUGGAGCUCGGAUGAGGAAACGAAUCUGAUGAUGUCUAAGAUGCGGCAAUUUUUCAAAUCCCUCGUUGCCGCUUCGGCCAACACGACGCGCAAGCAUCCGAGCAACUCGAGCAGCUCCACACCGGGUGUCAGCGGUUCGAACACCCCACAGCAGGGUGGAACGCCGGUGGCCCGGCCAAGGGGCGGCAUGCGCACGAAGCCACCGCAGCUCGUGUACUUCGAGAACGAGUUGACGCGACUGAUGAAAACGGUUCCGGGCAUCCGGGACGAGCAGGUGCGCGAGAUUGUCGAGUACCUGAGCAGCGAGGAAACGUGGUCCGAUUCGUACGAUUCGUCCGACUACACCAGCUCCGAUCUGGAGGGCAAUGGCGCCACGAUGGGCGGCCACGUCGGCGUCGGCAACACGGCGCUGGCGCUGCAGCAGGAAAUAUCGGCCAGCUGCCGGCAGAUCAUCAAUAAGUUCGACAGUAGCGUGCGCAAGGACGAGGAAGGCGACAUCGGGGACGGCGGCUUGGUUCCGCUGGGGGGCGCCAAGGCCAAGGAGGAACCACUGGCCACGCACCAGCCGCACCCGCACUACCACACGCCGCUCAGUAAAGAGACCGCUUUCGUGUACCAACGGUUGGUGGCUUCCCUGUCGAAGGUCGUGGUGAACGAGCCACCACCGGAAGGAGGACCCCGGGAGAAGGAUCCGAAGCUUCGGCAAGCUUCGGCCGCAACCGGUGGCACCGCGAGUUCCUCGUCACCCCCGUUGAUCGCGAAAGUAAUGCACCACAUCGGAAGCAGGCUAGUGGCGCUCAUGCAUGAGGUAAGCAGUGGCGAGCCGCACCCUAGCGGCGGCCGCGUGUCUCCAAAGGUUUGCCAUGCGUCGGGUCGGGAGUACGUUGGGGGCAGCAGCCAGCACAGGAUCGCUCACCGCAAAGCCGGCCAAUCGAGCGUCGGACCGGGAGUCGGCGCUAGCGGUGGUGUCGGUGUCGGAGGAAUGCAAGCGAUCUCUGCUACGACCACCGAGGACGACGGUGACAGCAGUACGUCGGAGAGUAACGACGGUGAUCAGCAUCACCGGAGCCACCAGUAUCUGCCGCAGCACCACCACCAGCAUCACCAUCAGCACCACCAGAGCCGUAGUCGGGAUCGGUCGAGGACGGACCAGGACGACGAAGACCAGCAGACGGGGUCGGGCGUAGCGCAGGCCGGCGGCGGCGGCGGUGCAUCGUACGCGAUGCUGUUGCCACGCAGUAAAAGCCACGAUCUGUUGCUGGGCGAUCCGCGAUCGUCGCACGAUCGGCGAGACCAGAUGUACCCGGGCGGAGGUGGUCCCGGUGGCGAUAUGGUAGGAGAGGAGCGUGGUGAAGCCAGCGACUAUGAGCGGUUCUCGUGGCGCGGAAGCUUCGAAUCGGCCCUACUGGCCAACGGUGAUUCGCGCACCAAACUCUCGAUGCUGGACAAUUCCUCCAGCUCGCGCUCGGUGCUGGUGGCGAAGCGACGUUCCGCCGGCGAUCUGCUGUUUAACAAUCAAAACCUCAGCCAAGAGCAGCUCGAUCGGGUCCGCAGCUGCGGUAGCAUCGGGGGUGAACGAGAGGAGUUUGAUGGGUCCACACUGUGGGACGAUGCAAAGCAGCAGCCCUCGGGGCAGCCACUGCAGCCACAACAUUCGGCGUACCACCAACACCACCACCCGCAGCAGCAGCAGCAGCACCAGGGCCGAAGGCGCACCCUGUCGAGCGUGGUCGCGGAUGACGCGGAUACGGAUUCGGAUGAAUCGGUGGCCAAGGGGGUGGCCGCCAGCAACCGGCUGGUGCUGGCGUCCCGCUCGACGCUUCCCCGCAGCCUGCAGAACACGAUCACGAGCGCCACCACCAAUUCGCUGCCGCGGCUUCCCACUUCCAACAUGCAGACGAUCAUGCAAUCGGUCGCUGGCGGAACGGCGGGAGGACAACCCGUUUCGGCGGAUCGUUCCACAACGACCCUAUCGAGCACACCGACGACCGUGGGUGGCAUGGGUCAGAAAUCGCAAAGUGUGUACCAUCAUUUCCUGCAGAACAACGUGAAAAGUGCCCGUUACCGGGCGCCCGGUUUCAGCCGGACGCCACCUUCCGCGGCACCACCCAAGCGUGCCAUGUCCGCGCCAGGCCUGCAGCCAGUGUACCCGCGGCGCGAGCGACGCAGCCGGGUGCAACCUUUGCUGAAUGAAGAAAGCCACAGCCCAGACCUUGCCGGCGCCUCAACAGCGGCCGGUGAGGAGGAUCACCCGCAGGGUGAAAGUCCGCGGACGGCGACGAGCACCCACGGCCCAGGAGGAUCGUCGUAUGAGCGAUCGGAUGGACCGGACCGGAACAACGGGACACAGAAAGCGGGUGGCGGCGGCAGCAGUAUGGUGUCAUCGCCGGUUGGAUCGACCGGAGCCGGUAGCAGCGAGAAUUGGCCAUCACAGUCGGACGAAGAUAUCGAUCGGCUGGUGGCGCUCCACCAAAACCGGGCCAGCCUGAGCUCGCUGGGCGUCCGCUCCGACUCGAUGGCCAGCGUGUACUCGGGGGCGGGAGAAGGGCGCUACGGUACUGUUACUGUUCGCGGACAGAUCGAAUUUGGUAUGCAGUACAACUACAAGCAGGGUGCCCUCGAGAUACACGUGAAGCAGUGCAAAGAUCUCGCCGCUGUCGAUACGAAACGGAAUCGCAGCGACCCGUACGUGAAGGUGUACCUUUUGCCGGACAAAUCGAAGGGCGGCAAGCGUAAGACAAAGGUCAAAAAGCACACCCUGAAUCCCGUGUUCGACGAGGUACUUCGGUUUCACAUGAGCUUAAGCAGCCUGCAGACACGCACCAUUUGGGCGACGGUUUGGCACUCGGACAUGUUUGGGCGUAACGAUUUUCUGGGCGAGGUUAUGAUGGGACUGCAGGAUAAGGUGUUUGACAACCCGCAACCCCAAUGGUACCAGCUGCAGGAAAGGAGUGAACCAUUCGAAGACUUGUCGGCGUACAAGGGUGACAUCAUCGUCGGUUUGAAGUACGUUUCGGCCGACGGUGAUGGUAGCGGUAGCAUCGGAGGCGGUUCCAAUGCCACCGUCGGUGGUAGCGGCUUCAGCACGCUGAAUCUGCGCAAGUUCAGUACCCGCUCGCUAACGUCCAGCUCGUCGAUACUGUCCGGCCACGGGAAGGGAGCGCUGCACGUGCUGGUGAAGGAGGCGAAACAUUUGCAACCGAUCAAAUCCAACGGUACUUGUGACGCGUUUUGCAAAAGCUACCUGUUGCCGGAUAAGAACCGGAGUUCGAAGCAGAAAACACCCGUCAUCAAGCGAACAAACUCGCCGAUUUGGAACUACACGUUCGUUUACGAAGACGUUUCGCUGGCAGAACUGUCCGAACGAGCGCUAGAACUGACAAUCUGGGAUCACGAUCGACUGGCUAGUAACGAAUUUUUGGGUGGCGUUCGCUUUUCCCUCGGAAACGGUAAACAUAAUGGCAGGGCCGUCGAGUGGAUGGAUUCGACCGGCAAAGAGCUGUCGCUGUGGCAGAACAUGAUUAAUCGGCCCAACUUUUGGGUCGAAGGGGCGCUCGUGUUGCGACCGUCACUGGAUAAUGCCAGAUUUACCACAUAAUUUUUCGACUCCUCCGUAGACACCAUCA